AUGACCUCCCCUCUGUCUCCAUGGCAGAUAUCACCAGCCCUCUGGCAGGAGCUGACCAAAGUCCUCACUCCCACUGGAGCCGCCGACUAUGCCGCCCUGACUCUCCUUGCCAUGGCCGGCACGACCUACCUGUCGCGCGGCAUCCUCUGGGACCAGCCAGACCCCUACAACUACCUCUGGUAUGAACGUCCCCAGCUGAAGAUGGCCGGUUCCGCCGGCCCCAAUGCCCACCAGGAGACCCGCAACAUUGCCCAGAAGCUCGAAGAGGCGGACAAGAACAUCGUCGUCUUCUGGGGAUCGCAGUCCGGUACGGCCGAGGGCUUUGCCCAUCGCUUGGCGCGUGAAAUUGCCCUCCGCUUCCGUCAGGGUACCCUGACGGCGGAUCUGUCGGAUUAUGACCCGGAGAGUAUCUCUCAGAUACCUCAGUCCAAGCUGGCGAUCUUCAUUCUGUCUACCUAUGGCGAAGGAGAUCCCAGUGAUAAUACGGCUGAGUUCUGGGAUUGGAUUCACAAGGCGGAAAAUGUCUCGCUGGCCAAUGUGAGGUAUUGUGCGUUUGGCCUGGGGAAUAGCAACUACAAGUUCUACAACCGCGUCGUGGACGUCGUCGUUCAGGCGCUGGAUGGUCGAGGCGCAAAGGCCCUCAUGCCCGUUGGUAGGGCUAAUGAUGCCGAGGGAGCCACACAAGAGGACUUUAUCAGCUGGAAGGACGAGCUGUUUGCCAUGUUCAAGUCCCAGCUCGGCUUCGAGGAGGGUGAGAUGCAGUACUUGCCCACCCUAUCCGUCGAGGAAGACGAGUCCCUGGAGCCUAUUGACCUGAACCACGGCGAGCCAGAUGCCCGUGAUGCUAGCAGGGCAUCUGCACAAUGCUCCCCCGUGCGGCCAGUGACUAUCUCCAGUACCCGUGAGCUCUUCCAGGUCUCAGACCGCCACUGUCUACACAUGGAGUUGGACCUGUCCAGUCAACCCGACGCAGAGGUCGAGCGUCUCCUCCAGGUACUGGGCCUUACGGCACGCCGCGAGGUGCCCAUCUCCAUCAAAUCCCUCGACCCGGCCACGAAAGUGCGCAUCCCCACCCCCACGACCGCGGCAGCCCUCUUCCGAUACUACCUGGAGAUCUGUGCCCCUGUGAACCGCGACACUGUUCUCAGUCUAGCACAAUUCGCACCCACCCCCGAAGCAAAGGCCUACCUCCUCCAACUCGGCCAAGACAAAACCAGCUACGCCAACCUCCUCAACUGCACGCACGUCACCCUCAGUCGUCUCCUCCAACUCGCCUCCCCAGACAACGCCUGGUCCGCCCUACCCCUAUCCUACCUGGUCGAGACCCUCUCCCCCAUCCAACCCCGAUACUACUCCAUCUCCUCCAGCAGCGUGCUCUCCCCCCGCAAACCCUCCAUCACCGCCAUCGUCUCAACCACCCCUAUCCCCGAAAACCCAGACGAACUCAUCCACGGCAUCACCUCGAACUACCUCCUCGCCUUAUCCCAACACCGCACCUCCCCAUUCACCCCCCACCCAUACGGCCUAACCUACCACCUCAACGGACCCAGCAACGCCCUCAACAGCGAAAAGGUCUUCGCGCACCUCCGCAAAAGUAAAUUCAAACUGCCCCGCACAGGAAACACCCCCCUCAUCAUGAUCGCCGCAGGCACGGGCCUAGCCCCGUUCCGGGCCUUCAUCUCCGAACGUCGCCAACUGCAGCAGAUUGGUCGCGAAGUGGGACAGAUGAUUCUCUUCUUUGGGUGUCGGCGUCCAGACGAGGAUUAUAUCUAUAAGGAGGAGUUGGAGGCGUUGAAUGAGGGGUUGGGUGGGAAGUUGCGCAUUGAGACGGCGUUCUCGAGGUAUGAAAAUGGGGGAGUGAAGAGACAGUAUGUGCAGGAUAAGAUUGUGGAGUGUGGGGAUGAGGUGGUGAGGUUGUUGGUGGAGGAGAGGGCCAACUUGUAUAUUUGUGGGAGAGCGGGGAUGGCGAGAGAGGUGGAGAAGAGGGUUGGUGGGGAGAUGUGUAGGGUUAAGGGGUGGGAGGAGGGUGAUGGGCAGUGGAAUGAGUGGUGUAAGGGGUUGAAGAAGAGGGGAAAGUGGCAGGAGGAUGUUUGGGGGUGA